AUUACAGGUUUACAGCUGUUUGAGACCACGCCAGCAGGUGACAGCGUAUUUCGCAUUGGGCGUUUCGAGCAGGAACCUCCCUCUCUCUUUUUAUGACUCUGUUUUUUUUUUGCCCCCCCUUUUUUUUCUUUUUACCCAGAGUUCAUUUCUGCCUCAAAUCUUUCCGGGCCUUUUCGGAGGUUCAGUUAGAAAGUUGCUAACUAGUCGCUAAAGUUUUAGACUGAGGUUUUUCUCUUGUUUUUGUCGGACUCUAUGUUUCGACAGACGUCUGGGACAUUAAUCGCUCCACCGUCGGUAAAUGUCGUAUUUGUUGGCGUUUCUGUCACAGCCAGCGUUUAUUAAACCAUGGAGGACCCAAACAUGCCUCAGAGAAAAAUGUCCAGGGCCGGAGAAAGCCUGUACGUGGUCCUGGGUUUGGAGAAAGGAGCGACCCCCGACGAGAUAAAGAGGGCUUAUAGGAAAUUGGCAUUGAAGUACCAUCCUGACAAGAACCCGGACAACCCAGCCGCUGCGGAGAAGUUCAAGGAGAUCAACAACGCCAACGCCAUCCUCAACGACGAGAACAAGCGUAAAAUCUACGACGAAUACGGCUCCAUGGGCCUCUCCGUGGCCGAGCAGUUUGGUGAAGACGGCGUCCAAUAUUAUUUCCUCAUGUCAAAGUGCUGGUUCAAGGCCCUGUUUUGCUGCUGCUCCAUCUUGACCUGCUGCUGCUGUUUCUGCUGCUGCUGCUUCUGCUGUGGGAAGUGCAAAACCGGAGAGGAAGAAGAGCAUCCCAUUAUCAACCCGGAAGAUCUGGAGGCGGAGCUUAGAGAGCAGGAGGAAGCACCAGGCCAUGUAAUAGUUAUUCAGCCCAGCUCCUCUCAGACUUCAGGUGAGAACGCACCGAUCGUGAUUCAGCCUCAGGCAUCCAACGGCACCUCGAGCCCCACAGAGGCCCGACAUGGACCUGUCGAGGAUGGAAUGAGUGAAUAAAUCCACGCAUGAGUGAGUCUUUAAGAAGACGAGCUUCACAUUAUUAUUAUUUUUUUCAUUUUUUUUGGGACUUUGUGUGAAUGUGAGGUCUCACCAGCUGCUGGGGUUCAAACCAACGCACAGGAAACCUAUCGGGCCUUUUUGUUUACAUGAAUCAUAAUUCAUAAUGGUAUUGCCAUGGUUUUUUGGGUUUUUUUUUUUUUAAUGACAAAGCCUUGCAGAUCAAAACCACUGAUCUCAAAAAACAGUUUUUUGUUUUGUUUUUUUUGCUUGUGCACUUUAAACCCACAGGUUAGUGUAAAAGUCGCCAUCGUGGUCUGAAAACGUCUCCGCUCAGGAUUCCUACAUGUGGACUGUUUUACAUAUAUAUUAGCAUAUAUUUAACAGGCUAAUUCAGACUAUUCAUACUAUUUGAGGCCAACCACUUGUCUUCCUGUAAAUAUUAACGUAGGAAUAAAUGACCUGAUGACUUUUCGGUUGACACAUCCGGUGUUCCUCUGUCUGUUGAUGCUGGGUUAUCUGUACCUCAAACGUCUUUUCUAAUCAACUUCAUGUGAGAGUUGGACGGUUCUUAAGCUUUUUUUUUUCUUUUCCUCUCAAUUUGAUGUUUUUAUAUAACUUACACAGAAAGCCAGAAUGGCUGCAGCUAGCUACUUCCACCAUUUUAUUAGGUAAACUUUAAUUAGCCAGCUUAAAAAGGCGUUUACGUUAUUUAUUCUGCCCAUCUGUGGCUUGGCGAGAUCAUCGAUGUUACUCAUGGGCCCGUCUGAGAUUAUCACAAUAUGAUGACCUUGAGUGGAAAUACUACAGUUUCACAGAAAUAAAGCUGAAUCGAUAACAUGUAUUUAUUUUCAUUUUGAUGUCUAAUCUUAAGUAAGAAUGGACAAUAAAGGCAUAACAUUUAGGGGCUGGUUACAAGGAAGCAUCCAUUUUUUGCCAGCUAGGCACGCUGCCAGCUGCUUAUAGCUCUUUUGUCUGUGUUUGUGACCAGAAAUGUUCCCAAACAUCCAAAUUCUUCUUUUUUCUUUUUCUUUUUUAGAAGAUAAAAUUGCUGGAGUUGUCCUUUAGCCUCCUGACCACCAGGGUGCAGCACCAGCUGGGUUGAGAGGUUGGGCUGCUCUGGUCUACAAAUGAAAGCGCUGCUCUCACCGGGCUAGAAAGACAUGACGAAAAAUGUUCGUGGUUCUGAAAUUGUAACUCGUUUAAAAACGUUUAUCCGUCACCGUUCUGUGUCUCUUCAUUAUUUAGCAACAACACCGUAGUUUGCGUUGAAAGGCUGUAGCUUGAAGAGAAGCAGUCGGGAAGUUUUUUGUUUUUGUUUGAUCUGGUCUCAGGGGGUCACUUCGAAAACUGCCCUACAGGGGGAGCCAGAGGCAAGCUUUCCUUUUUUUAAUUAAGUACAGGAAACGGCCUCAUGGCUGCUCUUAAUCCCCAAACUAGUAAUCUGCAAAGUUUAUUAUCGGGCACUUGGAUAGGAUGCAGUUAAUCAUGUAACCAAAAGCUAACUGCUUUAUUGAUAAUGUGAUACAAACUCAACCAAGAAGUUUCUAGAGGUGUUGAAGAUAAUUUGCUGCAGCAGCGCCAUUUUGAAAUGAGCCAUCACAACAGGAAUGUUAUGUGUCCAAAUGCAGUCAGGUGAAUAUGUUACCAUUUUCACAAAAUAUCUGCACUUUGAACCUUACGCACUGUUUUGUUUUUGGUUUGUUGAAACCAUAAAUCUUCUCUGUCUUGAAUCUGGUGACGGGAUCAAAACGUUUUGUUUUUUUUUCUUUUGAGGUGUAUAUGGUAAAUUAUUCUGUGAAUUCAAAACUGCAUUUUUGAUUCUAGUUUUUUUUUUUUUUCAUAUUAAAUUAUAUUUCUGACUAGGUUCAUAUUGUAUUUUUAUAUUUCUAAAUAUUUUUUUGCCUCGUGUCUGUAUUUGCCAGUAGCCUGUACUCUCUUUCUUCUAUUGCCUGCAUGAAAUUAUAAAAAGAGUCGGUAUAAUUUCUGGAAAUGACUCUGAAGUGCCUGAAUAUAUUCUUAUCCUGUUUCUUUCAUUUUUAUUAGAAUAUUAAAUGUUGUUGUUUUUUUUUUUGCCUCAAUAUUCCAAAUAUUUUUCUACUUUUAGCGUUUUUGUCAAAUGAAAGCAACAUAAAUGUAUGAUGUAAUAAAUUUUUGGGCUAA